AUGGUUUUGUCAUUCGUUCAAGGUGUGAAAAAAAUCAUAUUUACCAAACUUUCCAAGAAGAAACCAGAAAUUGCGAAACAUGAUAUGCGCUUUUUGAGCAUGCGGUUUUUAUCUGAAAGAAAUCUCUUGUUUUCUGCAUCGUGUUUCGUAAAAAUAUUUGCUGAAUAUUUCCAAGAAAGUUCGAUGAUUGAAGAAUUUGUACCUGUUUGGCUCGUCGUUAAUAUGAUUAAUACAGAGGAUGAAGACAUGGUUCAAUCUUCCAAUUUCGUUUACAACGGUCUCAGUGCAUUUUUUGCUCAAAGGGGUUUUAAUAUAAUUGAUAAAAAGUUAAAUUAUGUAUCAGCAAUAGAAGUUUCUCAGUGGAUUUUUAAGGUCAUUGGUGAAGACUGCAAAAAUCGUAUAUGUAUAUCUCAGUGGAUAAAUCUUUGGAUUGAUAAGAUUGUUAGUGUUCUUACUCAUGUUCUUCCAGAUGCUCAACAAGCUGCAAUCCAGCACAGUUGUCGUAUAUGUUCUUUCAUAUUCCUUUACUGCGCUCCUCUUAUCUUUAAAACUCCUUCAGAAUGUAUUUUCAAUCGAUCACCUUUCGUUUGCUUGUGCAAAUUAUAUCUGCAAAAUUUGGUGAAAUCUCUUGUUUUUUAUCAUUUUUUUCGAUUUUUUUUAUCUUCAAAACUUAUGUAUAUCUCGGAAAUAUAUCAAAAUUUGCCUGUCGAUUUGAUCGAGGAUAUAAUACCAAAUUUUAUUAUCGGCUUAGUAAAAUUACCCAUUUCAACGACACCAUAUCUUUUUCGGCUUCUGAUUGAUGCUAUUGAAAGAUUUUCAUCAAAUUUUUUUAUCAAUGAAAAAUUGUGCGAAAUUCUGCAACCGCAUUCAGAUUUGAUUCAAAAACUCCGAUGUACUUCUUCACGUGAUUCAAAUGUUCACAAAUUUAUUUCUUCUUUUUUUGCAUAG